AUGGUGUCCGUGCUGCAGAGCAAAUAUGACUAUUGCUAUUCGGUGUAUGAGUCAUGUUCUGCAGAGAUCAGUGCGACAAUUGACAGUGACACGCCUCAAGCCGUGCAACCACCCUCCCAGCCAAUCAUUUCCUCCGGUUGCCGCUUAUCUCCCUGCGAUACAGAAGUCUUCGACGGGGACUACCUUCGAUGGCCCACUUUCCGGGACCUAUUCACGGCAGUCUAUGUCAACAACCCCAGGCUGACACCGGUCGAGAAGCUCUUCCAUCUUCUCACGAAGACGAGCGGCGAAGCGAAAGCCAUCGUCUCCAAAUCCCCGCUCACAAAUGACGGGUUCGCCUCUGCGUGGGAAGCGCUUCAAGACCGUUUCCAAAACAAACGACUUCUAGUCAACAGCCAACUCAAGCUUCUGUUCAACUUGAGUUCCAUCUCCCAAGAAUCUGGUCAUGCGCUGAAAGAGCUGCAGUCCACGAUUCAGGGGUGUUUGACAGCGCUAGCACAUUCCCAAAUAUCCACGGACAACUGGGAUUGUCUGCUGGUGUUUCUGUGCGCAAGUAAGCUGCCGAAAGUUACCCUUUCGCUAUGGGAACAGUCCCUAACGUCGAAAUCCGACAUUCCGGCUUGGGAAGAGAUGAACACCUUCCUAAGCGAAAGAUAUCGCACCUUAGAGGCCAUCGAGGACAUGAAGCCGACUCAAGCAGUCCCGAAAAAGCUUCAGUCCUUCGAAACAAAAGUCAGCACCAAACCAAAAGGGUGUGACUUAUGCUCCAAGGAGAAUCAUCCAGUACGCUUAUGCCCGCGCUUUCUCCAAAUGUCCGUCGACGCGCGUUCCGGCUACAUAAAAAAGAAGCAGCUCUGUCUCAAUUGUUUUGCGAGAGGCCACCAGCUCCGUGACUGCACGAGCACGCACAGCUGUUUCACUUGUAAAGGGAGACAUCAUACUCUGCUACAUCGUAAUGCAACUCCUGCAAAUUCAAGAUCCUCUACGCCCUCUGCUCAGCUCUCUUCAGGACCCUCCAGCAGUAAUGCAUCGACGAGCAAUCCCACGGUGCAAAAUUACUUCGCCUCUGGCACUACAGCCGUUCUUCUGAGCACGGCAAUUAUCGAUGUGUGCCAUCUCGGCACGAACUACCGAGCACGAGCCUUAAUCGACUCGGGAUCCGAGGCGACUUUCAUUUCCGAACGCCUCUUCAAUUUGAUCAAGCUGCCAUUCCGCAGCAUCCAAACUCAAGUCUCCGGGCUGAACCAAUCCGUUUCGGCGAAGUCUACCAGACUCUGCCAUUUUCAAGUGCGAUCUCCUACUAAGCCGGGUCUCCAGUUAGACACCGCAGCCUACGUCCUUCCGGCAUUGGCGGGCAAAUUGCCCUCAUAUCCAAUAGCUCGGGAUUCUUUGAAAGACCUGCCCGCUCUCCAAUGGGCAGACCCCAAAUUCUACGAGAGUCCGCAAAUUGAUGUUCUAAUCGGGGCCGACAUUUUACCUUCGGUCAUGCUGAGUGGCACGCGAGGAAACAUUUGCGGCUCUCUACUAGGCCAAGAGACCAUUUUCGGAUGGGUGCUUACGGGGCCGAUCUCCCAGGUGAACUCAAACAGAGUCGCAUCCUUCACGACUCAAGUACACCAAGUAGGUGACGAGGCACUGGACACGCUUCUCAGCAAGUUCUGGGAGGUGGAAGAUCUACCAGUCCAGAUGGUAAAGGAGUCGGAUUCCUAUUGCGAGAGGAACUUUCUCCAAACGACGAAGAGAGACGCAAGCGGGAGGUACGUGGUGACGCUCCCGUUCUGCGACCCCGUAAAUUCUGGAUUCAAUCUAGGGUAUUCGAGGUCCAUCGCGUUAGCUCAGUUUCUCCGAAACGAAAAUCGGUUAAAAAGAGACUUUCCCCUAAAAGAGCAAUAUGACAGCGUGAUUCAGGAAUAUCUGGAUCUGGGUCAUAUGAAAGAAGUUCCGUCGACUCACAAUUCUCCUAUCUACUACCUUCCACAUCAUGCGGUGAUCAAGCCCGAAAGCACCACUACAAAGCUUCGCGUUGUAUUUAACGCUUCAAGCCCUUCAGCAAAUGGAACCAGUUUAAAUGAUAUUCUUCAUGCUGGUCCAGUCCUGCAAUCCGAUCUGACUAUUCAGAUCCUGAAGUGGCGAUGCUUCCAAUAUGUCUUCAGUGCGGACAUUACUAAAAUGUACCGUCAGAUUUGGGUCGAUUCCAAGCACACACCCUUUCAAAGAAUUCUGUUCCGAAAUAAGGAAGGAGAUAUCCGAGACUUCGAGUUACAGACAGUUACUUUCGGGGUCAACUGCGCGCCCUUCUUGGCUAUCCGAGUGCUGCAACAGCUAGCAAAGGACGUCCAAGGGCCAUUUCCACAGGCCAGCCGCAUUAUUCAGCAUCACAUGUAUGUCGAUGACGUGCUGGCCGGCGCAAAUUCCGUAAAAGACGCCCAAGAUUCGGUCCAAGAAUUGCGAGCAGCUCUGAGUUCCGCUGGAUUUCCAUUAAGAAAAUGGACUUCUAACAAUAAGAGCAUACUAAGCAAUAUUCCAGCUGAGCACCUUCUCCAUAGCGAGUUCCUCGAUAUCGAUGCCGAAAGCACGGCCAAGACGCUUGGUAUGCGAUGGAGGGCAAAGUCCGACGAGUUCUAUUUCGUCCCUCCAGACCUAAUAGUGGAACCCUCCUACACCAAGCGGGAAGUUUUAUCCCAAAUCGCUAAGUUGUUCGAUCCUGCCGUUCAUCAUCCGUUCCAAAAUGUUUAUGCAGGAGAUUUGGUUGCAAGACUUAGGCUGGGAUGA